UUCAGUUCAUGGAAGUUAAUCAUAACAUUUUAGUCACCUAAAAAAGUCUUGUUCAGCAUUUGGUAGUAAUAAAAAGUACUAGUUGGAUGUUUCGUUUUUCGAAGAAUGAAUGGGGUUGACACUGAUGCUGACUAAUGCGAGUCAAGGAAGGACACAGAGGUUUGCUGAUGAGUAAUGAUGUUCAGCUGUGGGGGCACUGCCUGAAGGUGGAUCUGUGUCUUUAAAGUGUCAGCGAGACAUCUGUUUGUCAUGCACUUCCUGCCUGCCCUUCAUCUGACUCAUCAUUGCGAAUGCAGUUGGCACAGCAGUCCGUCAGUGCCAGCGAACAGGAGAUUUUCCUGAAAAUGAAAAAUACAAACAUUCUUGUCAUGGUGGGAUGCCAGUAAACUCAAGACCAUGGAAGGAGAAAUCACACUAAACUCCACUGUAAAUACCAGUACAAUGGACAUAAAUCUGGUCACCCACAGUCUCUGGGAGGUCAUCACCAUUGCGACUGUGUCAGCUAUAGUCAGCCUCAUCACCAUUGUGGGGAAUGUUCUGGUAAUGCUCUCCUUCAAAGUAAACAGCCAAUUGAAGACAGUGAACAAUUACUACCUGCUGAGUCUGGCAGCUGCAGACCUCAUCAUUGGUGUUUUCUCCAUGAAUCUGUAUACCUCUUAUAUACUGAUGGGCUACUGGGCCUUAGGAAACCUUGCCUGUGAUCUUUGGUUGGCGGUGGACUAUGUAGCUAGUAAUGCCUCCGUCAUGAACCUGUUGGUGAUCAGUUUUGACAGAUAUUUCUCCAUCACCAGGCCUCUAACCUACAGGGCCAAACGAACUCCCAAACGAGCUGGGAUCAUGAUAGGUUUGGCAUGGCUGGUGUCUCUUAUUCUGUGGGCACCACCUAUCCUCUGCUGGCAAUACUUUAUAGGAAAAAGAACUGUUCCUGAGAGACAAUGCCAGAUUCAGUUUUUCUCUGAACCUGUGAUAACCUUUGGGACUGCGAUCGCAGCCUUUUAUAUCCCUGUGUCAGUCAUGACAAUCUUAUAUUGUCGAAUCUACAAGGAGACAGAAAAGAGGACCAAAGAUUUGGCGGAGCUUCAAGGGAUUAACUAUGCCACGGACACAGGGGUCAUCCAGCCUCAGAAGACCAUUAUCAGAUCCUGUUUUAACUGUAAACUAAGGUCAACUUCACAUGACAGGAAUCAAGCCUCUUGGUCAUCCUCAAGCAGGAGCAAUGCUGUCAAGUCAGCAGCCACCACCAAUGAUGAGUGGUCCAAAGCUGGUCAGCUGACCACCUUCAACAGUUACGCCUCCUCAGAGGACGAGGACAAGCCCGUGUCUCCGGGGGCCUUCCAGCCCUCCUUCAGGAAUCAGGUUUGUGAGACCAGCAAGAGUGGAGUAGGAAGCGAGAGUGAGCAACUCAGCAGCUACGAAGAUGACAGUUUCUUUCAGACACCACCCAAAAGCAAUUCUCAGAAGAGCAGUAAGUGUGUGUCCUACAAGUUCAAGCCUGUGGCCAAAGACGCUCAUGUGGAGCACCAGGGCAAAAACGGAGACACCAAAAUGGCGUCCUCGACAUUCUCCUCGGCCGAGUCCAUGAGUGUCCCAUCCACCUCCUCAACGUCUAAGCCCAUAGACGUCACGCUGAAGAACCAGAUCACCAAGAGGAAGAGGAUGGUGCUGAUCAAGGAGAGGAAGGCAGCUCAGACACUCAGUGCUAUCUUGCUAGCCUUCAUCCUGACAUGGACACCUUAUAACAUCAUGGUACUUAUUUCCACCUUCUGUUCAGACUGCAUUCCCCUUUCACUCUGGCACCUGGGCUACUGGCUGUGCUACGUCAACAGCACCGUCAAUCCCAUGUGCUACGCCCUUUGCAACAAGACUUUUCAAAAGACCUUCCGCAUGCUCUUGCUUUGCCAGUGGAAGAAGAAAAGGAUUGAGGAGAAACUAUACUGGUAUGGACAAAACCCAAUGGUCAACUCCAAACUUACAUGA